AUGUCCCAGAGGCGAACCCGGUCCGGAGGGGCCGCCCAGUGCUCCGGGCCCAGCGCCCCAACUUCCACUCAGUCUCUGCGGAGGUCCCAGCGGAAAUCAGGCUCUGAUCUCCCAAGCAUCCUCCCGGAAAUCUGGCCUAAGGCACCCCAGGCGGCCCCAGUCAGAAAGCCCAUCGUCUUGAAGAAGAUCGUGGCCCAUACUGUAGAGAUCCCGUCUGUUCAUUCGCCUCGAAGGAGCCCCCGGAUCGCUGUUUUUUUGGAGAAAGAAAACAACCCCCCUAGCAAGGAGUCUACUCAGGAGGACGUCUUCCAAACACGCAGUGUCCCUGUCACCUCCGCCUCCACUCCUGUGCUGUGCUCCCUGAAUGUUGAGUCCGACUCCGGGGAAGGAGACCUGGACGCCAGAGACUUGGAAAUGUCAAAGAAAGUCAGGCGAUCCUACAGCCGCCUGGAGACUCUUGGCUCUGCCUCCACCUCCACCCCAGGCCGCCGGUCCUGCUUUGGCUUUGAGGGGCUGCUGGCAACAGAAGACUUGGCUGGAGUCUCGCCUGUGGUGGGUUCAAAGUUAACUGAGGUCCCCAGGGUCCCUGUGAAGCCCUGGGCCCCAGACACAACUCUCCCUGGAAUCUCUCCCCCGGCCGUGAAAGAGAAACGAAAGAAGAGGAAGGUGCCGGAGAUCUUGAAAUCGGAGCUGGAUGAGUGGGCCGCGGCCAUGAAUGCUGAGUUUGAAGCUGCUGAGCAGUUUGAUCUCCUGGUUGAAUGA